GAAUGUAGAGCAAAAUCCAAGCCUAACUGAUUAUAUCCCAAGCAGCAGAUCUUAAAUGUUGGCAGCUUCAAGUCAACCCUAGUCUAUACAUUCGCCGUCGAAAGAAAUUCCAUUGGCUUCUAUAUUUAUCGGCUCUCUGCUCGUAUACUUCACAAAUUUUUAUUCUCUCUCUCUUUCCUUCUGUUAGAUUUGAGGUUCACAUGGAAAAGAUUAUUGAAGGGAGAAAAUACUCCUCUGAUGGGGUUUCAGACGAGAUUGUGAACGAAUUAAGACUUCUCAGAAUUGAGAAUCAGCAACUGACAUCGAUGAUCAAUGGAAUGUACAGCAACUAUAAUAGAUUGCUCAUGAAGCACCAGGAAGAGCAUUUCAUUUCAUCUCCGAAAUCAAAAGAAGAGAGUCUGAAAUUGGGGAUAGAUCUAGCAGAGGUAACAAAUGAUGGAGAGCUCAGGCAUCAGGUUAUGGAUUGUCGCACUGUACUUUCUGAGAGCUCACAAGAGAAGAAUUCGAAAUCCUACAUGGAGGAUCACUGGGUUUCCUCCAAGAAGAGGAAAAUGAGCCCUGAGUUGGAUCAGAGCGAGAAUAGUAGAGGGAAAUCGUGUAUAGAUGAUGAUUUCCCGAUUGAGAAACCUCAUGUACUGAGCAAAAGACCUGAGAUUCCACCUGUUCUCCAGAAAAAGAAAACCCUAUAUUUUCAGUCAAGAUCCGACACACCCACGUUCAAUGAUGGCUGCCAAUGGCGCAAGUACGGGCAGAAAAUGACGAGAAACAGUUCAUGGCCGAGAGCUUAUUACAGAUGUGCGGUUUCCUCUUGUCCAGUGAGAAAGAAAGUACAGAGAUGCAGUGAAAAGUCAAGCAUUUUGAGCAUGACCUAUGAAGGAGAGCAUAACCAUUUGCUCAGUCCACUUGCCAUAGCCGCCAUGAACUCUCCGCCUGGCCAUCCCUACCUUCUGCAGAGUAGUGCAGGCAAAGAUCUACCCUUUCCGGCUUCCAUUGCUACCAUCUCAUCUAGUGGUUCUUAUCCAUCCAUCACUCUCGACUUCACCGAUGACCGUAUCCCUAAACCUAGCCCCAACCUUAAUCCUGCAUUGCACUCACAAUUACAAACAGGAAGAAUGGUCCAGUCCAGCAGUCCUCCAUAUGGCAGCAAUAUGAAUUACAGUCAGUCAGGGUUGGAUCCAAUGACCUUCCUUAAGGCAGAUCCCAAUUUUACUGCAGCAGUGGCUGCUGCUAUAGCUGCUUCUAUUAUCGGAUCUGGUGCACCGUAUUAAGGUAUGAAUAGAGCACAAAAAGCUUUUCUCUAAUUCAUACUCAAUGUCAUAUAAGGCAUACAACCUUAUGCCUCUCUGUAUAUAAUAAUGUAAUACUAUUUGUGCUGAAAUGUUUUGCUUAUUUCAUGUAUGAGAGACAUCGUUUAAGGAUGAAAGACACCACAAGCUAUUGUAGUCUCCUGAAAUAGGAUCCAUUUAUCAUGUUGGAUACUUGCGUGAAGGAUUGGCUUUGUUAGAUUUUUCUCUGUUCAUUUGAUGGCUUAUAGAAUUUU